AUGCCAUUUGCUGAUUUUGACGAUAUUCUCGGAUUGGAUUGGUUGACUGGAUACGAGGCAAUUAUAGAGUGUGCUAAAAGGAGGAUUACACUGACCACACCUAUAGGAAGAGUUAGAUUUCAUGGGACGACACUUCUGCCAUGUCCACAUUUUCUGGAUAAUCCUCAGUACACCGAUUGUGUUGUAGCGGGUUUGAUUACCUCAGAGUCUGGGGAGGAGUCUUCUAUAUCUAUACCUGUUGUGCAGUACUAUAUGGAUGUCUUUCCUGAUGAUCUACUAGGAUUGCCACCUAGGAGGGAGAUUGACUUUGUGAUUGAGGUGUAUCCGGGUACAAAUCCUAUUUCUAUACCACCAUACAGGAUGACACUAGCAGAGCUGAAGGAGUUAGACACCCAGUUGACAGCACCUUCCCGUAUUGCGGAAGAUGCCAACUUAGAGUAA